AUGAACGUAUGUCGUACGAACACAUCAAGCACGCUUGAAUCAUUCGACGCGCCCAGCGCUUCAGCAAUGAGGAAGAAACAUGGGGCUGCUGGUGAUGUGGCAUCGAAGAAGCGGAAGCUUGAUUCAGGCGAUGCGAAACCUUCCGGAGAACGUGACACCGUUGCAGCACUCCCUUGCCCUGCUACGCAACCAACGCACACCGGCUACAUCAUUUCGGCAACCUUAAUGCCAUCAUCUGUAUGA